GCUCAGGUAAAACAUUUCCUUUCCUCGUCCAUCAGUUUCGCUCUGCCACCUGUCCACGGUGGAUAGAAACUAAAAUGGGGAAGCUUCAGGAAUUCGAGUUAACUCUUAAUAACAACAAAACGGUUUAUAAUCCCGGAGAAUCAAUCUCAGGAACUCUGAAAAUCUCAUUAGCCCAAUCGAUACUAUGUAAAGCAAUUAAAGUGAACUGCCAAGGCUUCUGUGGUGUAACCAGUAAAGCACAGGACACAGACUGGAUGGAGGAGGAGCAGUAUUUCAGCAGCUCGAUCUCCAUCGCUGACAAAGGCACCCUGAAAGAGGGCGAGCACAGUUUUCCCUUCAAGUUUCUCUUACCAGCCACUGCCCCAACAUCAUUUGAAGGGCCCUAUGGACAGAUUAAAUACAGAGUUAGGGCUUUCAUUGACACUCCUCGUUUCGCAAAGGACUACAAGGUAGAGAAACCCUUCAGCAUUUCGAACAGCAUCAACCUCAAUGAAGUACCUCAUAUACAUGAACCGAGCUCAUCUUCUGUUACCAAAAAUUUCUCAUACAUGCUGGUGAAAAAUGGGACAGUGGUGCUGAAAGCCAAGAGUGAUUUGCGGGGAUAUGUCGCUGGACAGAUCAUCAAAGUUUCUGCUGAGAUUGAAAAUAAAUCGGAGAAGUCCACAGGUCAUGUGGUUGCCAGUCUAAUGCAGAAAGUAACGUAUAACACCAAGAAGCCCACACUUGAUGUGCGGGCAGUAGCGGAGGUUGAAGGACCUGGAGUUAAGGGUGGACAUAAAGGAGAAUGGAAGGAGCAGAUCAUUGUACCCAGUCUCCCCCUGUCCUCUAUAACUGGUGGAAACCUCAUUGAAAUGAGCUACUACAUCCAGGUCUAUUUGAAAUACCCAGAGGUGUCGUUAACUUUGCCCAUUUACAUUGGAAACAUUGCAGUGGAUCCCACACUGGCUCGCCCCUCCAGGUCUGUUCCACCAAAGCCAGUCCCACGCUCCAACAACGCCCCCGCCCCUUCUCCUACUCCAACUCCAGUUACCACUGACUCCGCCGCUCCCAGCUUGCCCCCUCGCACAAACCCUAAACCCAAACCCAGGCCUCGUAGCUCCUACGUGCCUCCAACUGCUCCACCAGCAGAGCUGUACCCGCAACUCCCAGGUGCAGCUGACUACAACUUGGAAAUACCAAGGACUCCACAGCCACAGUCAGGCCAGACUGCAGUGUCACCAAAUGCAUUCAGCUAUGCUCCUGGACUCAGCUUCGGACAAAGCCAAAACGCCAGCAAUGCGUCAGUGGCCCCUCAAAACAGAGAAAGGAGUCAAACUCUGUCGGCCUCCUCGACACUGAUCCAGCCUCCAGACUAUAGGAGCUCACCGUAUCCACAAGAGCCUCCACCUGCAUAUGAAGAAAGCUUCAAUACAUAGGAUGUUACCAAAGAAGAAAAAUAUGAAGCAUUUGAGUAAAAAUGUUAAUAAACAAUCGUGUGACUUAUUAGUAAAUUCAGACCUCAAGCACUUUUAUACCAAAUGUGUAAAUCUACAAGUAAGAAUCUGAUAUUAACAUAAGAGGUCAGUUGAUACAGGAAAUGGUUUAGCACCAAUGAUGCUAAACAAUUAAAAAAGUGCAUCAUUUUGCUUUUUCUAUUUUACUUGGAAGUUUUGUAAAUGUUAUUGGUUGCGAAGCCCUUGCAACAGCUAUUUUGGACACAUUUGUUUUAGUUUAGUUUAUGCACAUUAAUACGGUAUUUAAAUAUUACACUAUCCCCUGUUCUUUAUGUUUGUGAUUGCACACACGCACCUGCACACACAUAAUUUUGCUUUAUUUGCAAGUUCAAGUUAUUAUAUUACUAUUGUAUGCAUGUGUGUUCACCAAUCAUCUACAAGUCAUUAAAAAACACUACAGAUAUAUAUAUCGUCAUAUAUAUAGUUUAGGCUCUGUGGUAUUAAAUUACUUUUUUUUACUUUGUUAGUAUUGUAUUAUUCCCAAGGCAGUUUUAUUGAACACUACUUAAUUGUUUGUAUUUAAAGAGUGAUUUACAGUUAAUGUAGCAUAUAGGUUAAUAAAACUGAUUUUGCAUUUAAAAA